ACAAGCAGAGUAAUUUCCAGGCAGGAUAUAAUGCCAAGUUAGGCCCCAGCUACCUCAAAGCCAGGGUGCGGAAAAAGCUAGGUAAUGCCUAUUACGAUAUAGAGGAUCUGCAGGGACAUUUGGUUGGACGAUACCAUGCCAAGGAUCUGAGGCAAUAAUUAAAUUGCCCCAAGCUUGGUGUGAUCAGCCUUGGGAGUGUCACCCCCAAGUCCGAUCUUGUGGAGGGGGCAAUUUGUAGCGCUUGUGGCAAGACGAAUCGGGCGGCAGGCCAGAAAGGCGGUGGCUCCAUCUACAUGUCGUUCCCGCGUCGAAACAAGGGGCAGACGAAGAAAGUCGGGGGAGAGCUUUAGCAUAGGAAGAGGCAACAUAGGCAGCUGUCAAAUUUCGGCAAAUACCGUAGGUUUGGCUGGAGAGAGCGGAGAUAGCUUCCCAGCUAGAUCAACUCGACGCCAGCUUUCUUUUCCAAUUUGGCUGUCCACAAGGUUAGUUCAAAGUUAAACGGAACCAGGAGCAGGCAUAUACGGGAAAACUGGCGAAAGAAUCUUAUAAAGGAAUACAUCUACAGGCAGCGCUGAAUCCAGUUUCAGGGUUUGGCGCUAAAUAUAUAGCGCAAGUGCGAGCCAAACGGACGGCUUAACAUCGAGCCAGGUGGCAGACAUUUUCCUCGGAGAACGACGGAUCGCUCAGCCCAGGGAGAAACGAAACGGCGGCUCGAAACUCCCGUAGCGAGGAGCUGCAUUUAGCUGAUUACUAAUUAAUAACCUUUGAAUUAGGCCUCUGAAUGGCAGAAAAGGGUUGCAAGCAGGCAUAGAUACGUCCCAAUUAGGAAUCGCGGCAGCACACAAUUUCUUUUCCAUUUCGGCGGACUCUUAUUUUUGGUUAAUUACUCUUAGAGAGCCAUCGAUGACGUAGAAAUCUCCACGUUCCAUUUUGUCGCCAUGUUCCCCUUGCGCACUUAAAGAAGGGAACGAGAAGAGGAGGAACGAAAAGGAGAGGGGAGAAUAACCAAGUCCAGCAGUUGCAAUCGCGGUUUCUUGUUCGGCGGGCGAGCAAAAGUUUUGUCGCGCGGUCUGGCCGUAAUUUGACGAAUCCGACCGGAGGAAAAUCCGCUGAUCGACGGCGCGGGAAAAACCCCCUUAGUGAGCGAGAAGGCCGGAAAAUAGUGGAGAGAUUUUUUUUGUAUAGUGGAAUAAGUUAUUAUGUAAAUGAAAAGUGGCAGUGCGAAGGAGAGAGGGAAAGAUAAGGAAAAGAGUCCAUCAUUUUUUUAGUGUCCCUUAUGUGCUCCGUCUUCUUCUUCCUUUUUUUUGUUUCUUUUGUUCAGUUUUAGCAAGCCUAUGAUUAAGCAAUAAGGCACAGUGGGUCAAAGACCAAUACAGAGAGUGAAAAAAUAUUUAAGUUUCCCACAGGUGCGGCAGACUCCAACGGAAGCGCUUUCGUCGGUGGAACUCCGGAUUGUUGGUGAGUGAUUAAAUCACGUAAUUGCAAUGGCAAUGAUCAAUGAGGUAUACAUAAUUUGGUGAAAAAGAAAGAAAGUAAUUACGUCUGAAUUUUCGAUUCCUUGUCCCACUGUCCGCCGCGAGCGAAAUUAGGUCGAAGUUUUAGAGCCUCUGAAGAAAAGGAAGAGGAGGAAUGCGAAUUCAAGGCCAAGGCCAAGAGUGGAAUGUCGGAAUUAGAAUCUGAUUUUUUUCUGUUUGUCCGUCUCUCUUUAACUCUCGCACAUAUGUAUGUUGUUUUUGCCACCAGAGCAGCAAUCGCUCUCUUUAUUUGAUUUGUUUAAUUUUAAUAUUCUUAAGUUCCAUUUGGGUGCCUAUGGCACACUCGAAAUUAGUGGAGAUCUAAAUAUCGAAAUUUUCUCUAUUAUUCGACUCGCAUACAAUUCUGAUAGUUAUUUAAGGUCCCACAUUUUUUCUCGCAUGCGAUUUUUACUCAUUUUUGUUUACGUUUUGUUACUGGCGCAUGCACUUGUUGCUAGCCUCCAUGCUGAAUUACCCAUUUGUUAGCUGUAAGAAAAUUCUCUUAGUGUGUUACGAAUAAAAUUUAUAAUGUGCUAGAAAGCUUUUCGUUUGCCUAUGGCUAGGAUAACUCCCGUGUGAAUAUGUGUUAGUGAUCUUAAAAGGGGCCGUCCGAGUAUAUUGUGCAAUGCAGAUUUUUGGAGAAAGGCGGCCAAGGCAGGGCGGGCAUUAGCGACCUCGAGGCCAUCAGAGGAUCGCAAGGAAGAUGGGGAAAAGUAGUUGUCGUCCGAUUUUCUGUUUUAUGUUGAACUCUUUCAGCCCUCAACCAAUUCUUGUCGCUGCACGCGAAGUUAUUUGAAUAUUUAGAGGAAGAUCAGGCUGAGGUAUAGGGACAAGACCACCACCCCAAAUAGCCGACAAGGAGCAGCUGGACCAUUGCGCGUGCGUCCCAAAUACCUCCCAUCACCACCCAAGCCGAGUAGCAAUCCGUUACAGUGAUAAUUAUCUUUCUAAAUAAUCUGGCGCCCAACGUGGGGCCUGAAAGUCGUUUUCACUAGUCGAAAAACAUUGGUAUCAACACCAAAACACCAACACAUGCAGAAAAUUCGUCUAUUCAUCAUUUUCUUAAAUUUUUGGGAGGACAGUAGGAUCACGGUGGGCUGAAACUGGUGUUGACCUUUCAGCCAACGGUUGCCGCGACACUCACCUCAAAUCUAUUUCUCGUCUCAGUUUAAGCGCGUUAUUAGGUGCAUAGGAUCUAUAGCCUGUUAACUUGUCCGCAAGCUCAGAGCUAGCCACGCCUGAUAAAGUGGGUAAAAUAGAGACAAAUCUUUCUCUUUAAUUUCUUUCCGGGAUUGGCAGCAAAGAUUAAUUAGGCGCGUUGGACUGACAGGCGAUAGAGUUAUAAGUAACUCAACUCCUGGCCACGGAUAAUUAGUCUGAGCUAUGGACUCCAAUUUGUUUACGGUCGAACGGCGUCGCGUUUGUGAGGUGAAUAGGAGUCACAGUUGGUUUUUCUUUUAAAAGAAAGCUACUGGCCACGCUUCACAACGAAAACGAUGUACCGAUUCGCCAAAGUAGGGUAUAUUUCUGCUAAUUGAAUCUGAGUUUGGCUGGCAAUAUAUUUGUUGUCGUUAUCGCAGUUUAGCAAAACAUAGCCAAUUAACUCUGCAUAAGCAGCAAAUUUCUAAUCUCUUUUCAGCUAUCUUUUACCCAAUCUUCCGAAAGUUGCUAACAUUAUUUUUGCGGGGAGCAAACUGUAGCAAGCAGGCACACUACCGUAACAUACACACAGUGAUUGUACAUACAGUCCUAGAUAUACAUACUCUUAGUUUUAAGUACAAUUUUACGCUAAUGUUAAGAUCGUGCUUACGGACACUACUUUGUGCGUCCCGUUCGCACGAUCAGCAACUGACACACCAAUACAUACAUGUAAUAGGCUAAGAAGGAACGGAACGAAGAAAAUAAAGAACACUUCGUUUGUGACAAGAAGAGAGAACGGCCGCAUUUGAAUCGCCUCCUACAAAUUCAGAAGUGGGAUUACUGUGAAUUUUUUUUUCACAAAAAACUCAACCUACGAAGCAAAGUAAAAUCAAUAUCUUUAAAUAUAAUCAAAUGGAAACCAUCGGUGCGGACGAUUAUACAGCAGCAGAACUGCGCAAUUGGUGUGAAAAGCUCAGCAUGCAGAAAAGCGGUAACAAGGCCACGCUUGCGGCGCGAUUGAACGGUGUGCCCCCAGAAGCCCGAGGAGUUUGCCCGGUGAUUGGCGAAUUAGAAGGCGAAAUCGCUAACAAUGAUUUGGAGCACGAAAUCGUCGGAGAGUCAGCACCAGAGGUCGACAUGGAAAGCCCAAGGAGCAUGAUCGAGGACGCCGCCGCUGGAGUGGUGCCGCCAAGCAGCGAACACUGCACCAAUGCUGAAAGCAUGAAUGUUCAUGACGACGCCAGGCCCUCAACAUCUACCAAUCAUCGCGAUUCGGAGUUGGCACGCGAGGAACAUUUUCCAGAAGUUUCUACGCAGUUCGACGCCAUGCAGCGUCAACUAAGGCUGCUCCAAUUGGAAAACGAAAUGUUGAAAUUGGAAUCUGCUCGACGCCAUAACGCUGCCACAUCGGAUCAAAACAGCGCUGCCACAUCGGAUCAAAACAGCGCUGCCACAUCGGGUCAUAACAAGGCUACCCCACUAAUUCGAAGCAGUGUUGCCAAACCAAAUCAACACAAGGAUGCCACUCAAGAUCAAGAAGUCGCUGGCGGAGAUGCCAGAUCGGAGGAAGCAUUUGUAAAUAAACAAACAUUGCUAGCAAUGGCCAAGGAAAUGAUUCCGAUAUUCGACGGUGCUUCUAACAACAAACUCAAUGUUAGCACAUGGGUCGCCCAGCUCAACGCGGUCUCAAAAAUGUUUAAGCUAAGCGACGAUGUAAUUCGCAUGCUAGUGAUGUCCAAAUUAAAGGACCAUGCUCAAAUUUGGUUGCACUCUUCGGAACGUUUGCUGACUUUGCCGGUUCAAGAACUUCUAUUUCAACUUGGUGAAGCUUUCCACGGUAAGGAGAGCAAAAUAAUAUCUCGACGCAAGUUUCAAGAGCGCAAGUGGAAACCGUCGGAAGAUUUCUCCACAUACUUCAAAGAAAAAACGCUGUUGGCUACACAGAUUCGAAUAGACGAUGAGGAGCUAAUCGACAACAUCAUUGAAGGGAUUCCCGACUCCCUUCUACGACAACAGGCACACAUGCACUGUUUUAAUUCGUCUGCGCAGAUGUUGCACGCAUUUGCCAAGGUCUCGUUACGUAAACCGCUACUUUCUCCGGCUGGACGUGUUAAGGUUUCGUUCGAUAAGGAACCUGGUUCGGCGCCUCCAAAAAGGUGCUUCAAUUGCAAUGCUGUUGGGCAUUUCGCCGCCGACUGCCGCAAGCCCAAGCGCGAGUAUGGAGCCUGCUACGCAUGUGGCAGUAAGGAUCAUCUGGUGUACAACUGCACUGAGAGGAAGUUCGUAUCCGACAACGAAUAUAAUGCCUAAUCGAUUCUGGAAGUCCAAUUAGUUUCAUAAAGAAGUCAUACGUCGAAAAAAUUUUGAAAAAGGAAGAUAUUACGUUAAAUGGAAAGAUUCUUAAAAAUUAUUUUGGCUUAAACGGUAGCCCUUUAGAUAUAAUUGGAAAAAUAUCAUGUUUCGUUAUUAUCAAUAAAGAAAUUCUAAAUUUUGAGUUACUAA